AUGAAACACAUUUCUAUAUUACUUGGCUAUGCUUUUAAUGCUGUUUUUAAACCAAAAUGGAAAUUAUUAGAUGGUCAUUAYUCAUUACCUCUGUUGAUCCGCAAAUUGCCGUUCCAACGUUUGGUGCGUGAAAUCGCACAGGAUUUCAAGACCGACCUGCGUUUCCAGAGUUCCGCCGUCAUGGCUUUGCAAGAGGCCAGCGAAGCUUACUUGGUCGGUCUGUUCGAGGACACCAAUCUGUGCGCCAUUCACGCCAAACGUGUCACGAUCAUGCCUAAAGACAUCCAGUUGGCUCGUCGUAUCCGUGGUGAACGUGCUUAA